AUGGCAUUAGUGUCGUGUGUGUGUGUGUUUCUGACAGGUACUAAUGGCCGUGUCCUUGUACUGUGCCCUCAGGAACACUUUAAUUACUAUUCAGUGGACGGCGCCCUCGGACAUCUGGUGUUCUCUCUAAAGUACGAUGUGAUCGGUGACCAGGAACACCUCCGUCUAAUGCUCAGAAACAAGCUGAAAACCCACCAUGAUGUGAUCCCCAUUUCCUGUCUGACCGAGUUCCCCAACGUGGUCCAAAUGGCCAAGCUCGUCUGUGAAGAGGUCAAUGUGGACCGCUUUUCUCCGGUCCUUUAUCCAAAAGCUUCGAGACUUAUUGCCGCCUUCGAUGAGCAUGUGAUCAGCAACAAUUUCAAGUUUGGGGUCAUUUAUCAAAAGUUUGGACAGACUUCAGAGGAAGAGCUGUUUGGCAACAGCCACGAGAGUCCUGCCUUUGUAGAAUUCCUGGAGUUUCUGGGAGAUAAAAUCGAGCUGCACAACUUUAAAGGUUUCCGCGGAGGGUUAGACGUCACUCACGGGCAGACCGGCACUGAAUCCGUCUACUGCAACUACCGUAACAAAGAGGUCAUGUUCCAUGUGUCCACCAAGCUGCCUUACACGGACGGGGACACCCAGCAGUUGCAGAGAAAGAGGCACAUAGGAAACGACAUUGUGGCCAUCUUAUUCCAAGAGGAAAACACUCCCUUUGUACCGGACAUGAUCGCCUCCAACUUCCUCCACGCAUACAUCGUGGUCCAAGUGGUGAAGCCCUGCUCUGACGACGUUCUCUACAAGGUGUCCGUGACCGCUCGGGAUGAUGUGCCUUUCUUUGGCCCCGCCCUACCCAACCCUGCUGUCUUUAAAAAGAGCCCUGAAUUCCAUGAAUUCCUUUUCACGAAGCUCAUCAAUGCAGAGUACGCCUGCUACAAAGCUGAGAAAUUUGCCAAAUUAGAGGAGCGGACGAGGUCAGCUUUGUUAGAGACCCUUUAUGAGGAGCUGCACGUCAACAGCCAGGCCAUGAUGGGUGUUGGAGGAGACGACGACAAACUGGAAAACGGGAGCGCGGGAGGAGGGGGCUUCUUUGAGUCCUUCAAGGUAACUGCAGAGGAGGUCCGGCCCGGUGACAGCUUCACUUUAUACAAAAGUCUGCUUCUAACGAAUAAGCCGAAAAGUUCAAUUCUGCAUUUUUGUUUGCUAACACCGAGAUAGGAACGCUGUUAUUGUGUUGACAGAUAUUUUAAAUCAAUAUUACAUUUUUAUCUCUGUUAAGGAAG